ACCAAGUUUCCAGUAACUUUCAUAACAUAAUAGCAUCUGCUACUCGUCCUCAGGCUGUCAUAGUCACAGAUCCCCCAGCCUCAGUGAUGUUCACAGGAGAAACCGUUACCUUGACUUGUGACAUCAGCAAAGGGUCUGGCUGGAGAUAUUCAUGGAUGAGAAAAACCAAGAUAACAUUGGAGCGUCUCACGGCCCACAGUACUGAAAGCAAACAAAGGCACAUCCUGCACUCUGUGAGAGAGUCAGACAGUGGAGAAUAUUUCUGUCAGGGUGAACGAGGACAAAACCCUGUUAUCCAGUCUAUCGCUGGAUCACUUGCGUUAAAUGUGUCUGGGGGAAAGCCAAAGCCUGUUAUUACCCAGACUUCCCCCAGCGGAGAGAUGUACACAGGAGAGAAUGUCACCCUGAACUCUACUCGUCCUCAGGCUGCCAUAGUAACAGAUCCCCCAGCCUCAGUGAUGUUCACAGGAGAAACCGUUGUGUUAAAUGUGUCUGCUACUCGUCCUCAGGCUGUCAUAGUCACAGAUCCCCCAGCCUCAGUGAUGUUCACAGGAGAAACCGUUACCUUGACUUGUGACAUCAGCAAAGGGUCUGGCUGGAGAUAUUCAUGGAUGAGAAAAACCAAGAUAACAUUGGAGCGUCUCACAGCCCACAGUACUGAAAGCCAACAAAGGCACAUCCUGCACUCUGUGAGAGAGUCAGACAGUGGAGAAUAUUUCUGUCAGGGUGAACGAGGACAAAAUCCUGUUAUCCAGUCUUUCCCUGGAUCACUUGUGUUAAAUGUGUCUGAAGGAAAGCCUAAGCCUGUUAUUACCCAGAAUGCCCCCAGCGGAGAGAUGUACACAGGAGAGAAUGUCACCCUGAACUGUGGGUUUAAGGGAGAUCCUGCUGGCUGGGAGUAUUUCUGGUACAAAGACAGACGGAGAACAGCUCUGCCCAACACUGAAAACAGCAGGUCUGAAGGGUCCAGUUACACCAUCAGCCCUGCUGCUCUGGCCCACAGUCUAGAGUACUGGUGUAGAGCUGCAAGAGGAAGAAACCCUUUUUACUCAGACUACAGUGAUCCUCUGGCUUUUGACAUAUCUGGUGAAAACUAUUACAAUAUAAGAAUGUGGAUUUGAUCGAUGUGCGUUAAUAAUUUAAAAAAUACAAAGACAGUGUAUAUGAUGCUUUAAUUUUAUUUUUAGAAACUGUUGUAUUGAU